AUGUCUUGUAGUUCUUCAGACCCGCCGGCUUUCUGCUCUGAUGAUUCACCAGAAUUGAAGCUCUCCCAAGCCUUUAUCUUCUCAGUUCCUGUAUUCUUCACUUUCAUUCUUUUAGUCCUGUUCUAUGUGUUCUACCUGAGACGAAGGCGAGCCAGCUGGGCAUCUCUGAGGAUGAGGACGCCCUACCAAGUGCGGGGGGAGAUGCCGAGGGUAGAUUUUCCUCUCUCGGCCGUCUCCAGCAGUCUCAUCUACAGUGCUGUCUGUUCUUCUGAUCGUGUGAUUUUUCUUCAAACCCAAUUACAGAUAUCCGAAUCUGGCAUAAAGAAAGAAGUCAGGGAGAUGCUUCCAGUGGUCAUCUUCAAAGAAAGCUUCCUGAUAAGGGAGACGCAGUAAGUUAGCUGGCCCCUCAGAAUUCUAUCUUUUGACAGUCGCCGCUUGCAUCUUUUUCUGCAAUGAAUCUGUCGUUCCGACUCAGAAUGCUUGAGAUCAAGCGAUUAUACGGAAUACAGAUUCAACCUCAAUUUAGUAAAAAAAAUCUUGCCCGCCCAUUAAAACUCUUCGCUUGCUGCCUGCGUUUUCUUUGACUGAAUGCCCACUCGAUCCGUAUACCCUCAGCUCAGAUAGGAGUGAACUAUCUUAUAAUUUCUGUGAAAAAAAAUACGACCUUUCUUCUCAUCAACGGUGUUUCUUCAGUGCCCUCGUCGAUUUCUCCCUGGUUUUUUUUUGGGCAAAAUUUGCGCGCAUUUAAUUUCCAAGCCCAUAUGCAGAUGCUAGAUAUCAGCCAACAUUGCAGUUCUAAUUCUCCCCAGGCGCCACGCUACUAGGGCAGGCCUGGGGAUCCAUGGACACCCUUGGGGUAACCUCAUGCUGGCGAAUCCCUCUGCUGUCACCUGAACAACGAAAAUGGAGAAAUUGCGGCGGAUAGGUAUAAUAUCUUCAGAGAUUGGGGAUAAAGUCUUCAAAGAUUGCAUCUUGGACGCGGAGAAAAUAUGUUCUGCAUCAUCUCCGGCGCACAUAUGCGUUCUUUCUGUGUUCUUCUUGAGGCGGCCACCACGUCUUUCCUUUCUGUUCCUCCCCAAUUCCGUUAAGUCCUCCGUCUCCUGUGGCAGGUGCUCUGUCUGCUUGGGGGACUACAAAUCGGACGAAUGCCUCAAGCGGAUACCUCCCUGUGGGCACACCUUCCACGUGGAGUGCAUCGACAGCUGGCUGUCCGCCCACACGACCUGCCCCCUCUGCCGCGUCUCGCUCAUCCCCGUCGCCAGGUCCGCCGCCGCUGACCUUCCAAAUCCGGAAAGCCAGGAGAGUGAUGCCGGAGGCCAAUCCAGCGGAGGAUCCCCCGACCAGACGGAGGAAGGAGGAGGAGGAGGGCCCCCACAGAGCGACGGAGCCGUCGGCCUGGGGAGCAGAGAGGAGGAGCGAGGGCCGGGGGGAGGAAACUCAGGUGGCGGUCUUUACGCCGAGCCGCUUCCCGGCGAGCAGGAAGUGGAUUCUAGGGUGUAG